AUGUCGAAUUCCUACCCUUGCUCGGCGUGCGGCGCCCACACCCACCGCAGGAACCACUGCGCCGCCUCGCCGUGCUCCCGCUGCGGCGGCGACGGCCACUUCGAGGCCCUCUGCACCACCCCUGCCGGCUUCGACGUAGCCUCUACCGAGGCCCGCUGCGGCGUGUGCGGCGGCGCGGGUCACGCCGACGACGACUGCACCACGGCCGAGACGGCGCACAUCCGGUGCGAGACCUGCGGCCAGAUGGGGCACGAGCCCAUUGACUGCCCCACCCGCACCGGCGGCCGCGACGACCCCUACGCCGCCUUCUGCGGCUACGACGCCUGCGGUAACUGCGGCUGGCCGGGCCACUCCCAACCCGACUGCCCCAGCCUUCACCCGCCGCCGGGCUAUUGA